AUGGCCGAGAGCAACGACGACGUGCCAAUGUGCCAUUGCAACCGGAAGAAUGAUGCGGGGAACCGCGGUGCAGACUGCCCAGCCCAGUCUGGCGAUUGGAAAUGUGCUGCACAGAAGAAGGCUACUGGCUUGUGUCCAGAUAACCGCUGCACUUGCGUGAACAGCCUGACCGCCCAAGCGAUUGCCAGCAAGAAGUCCGAGGCGGAGGUGCAGAGGAUGUUUGAGGAGACCUUCUCUCCCUUCUUCGUCUCCUGGGAGAUGCUGGCGGGCCGGAAGCAGGCGGGCUUCGGCUCCCACCUCAUGGAGUGA